AUGACCAUUCUUGCUCUCUACAUUCUUAUCCCUCACAUUGACGCAAUUGAAGUUGAUGGACCGACGCAAGAACUGAUAAAUAGUAUUUGCAUUGAGAGCGAGGAUUACGAUUUUUGCAACAAAAUCAUCCGCAAGAACUUGAAGACACCAACGACUAAUCUCAAAGAUCUCACCUAUCUCAUAUUCCUUAUUUCUAUUGAAUAUGCGAGUGAUACUUAUAUUUUCAUCGGUAACAUCAUGCGUCAACGUCCUGGCCCUGAGGAGUGGAAUCAUCUCGACACUUGUCUAGCGGUUUACAAUCAAGAAACCAAUAUUUUCCUAAAUGUACGAACUGAAUUUUUUCUGGACGAAUACGACCGUAUGAUUAAAGAUAUUUUGUCCACAACCAAUAUCUUGAGAAGAUGUAGGACCGAUUUUCCGAUUCCUCCUAACAAGAAUAAUCCGCUGAUUGAGAAGAACAGAGUGAUGAAAAUCUUGACCACCAUGUCUGCUGUUUCGGGAUAUAUGGUCAUAAAUGGAGAUGCUUCUUUGCUUAGUUCAGUUGUAACCAAUCUUGAUGUUUUCCAAUGA